AUGCCGAAGAGAAAAGUAAACGGAGAAGAACCGACAACAGCAAUAGAUCAGGUAACAAAAAGGUCGGUAACGGCAACAGCAAUUAAAUCGAUAACGACAAUCGACCUAACAAGGAAAAAAAGUGUUAACAACAAUGUGUACGAACUGGGACAUCACCACCAGAGUAAUAAGAAUGGCAAGGAAAUCAAAAGCAGAGCCGAAGCCAGCACAACUAUGAUUUCGGUAGAAUAUGAAGAGAAAAAGCUAAAAGUGGCAGAAACGUUGGAAGAACGAGAAAAAAUCAAGGAGCUAGCUCGACGAAAGCAUUUGAAAAAACGAAUGAAAAAUUUAAAUAAUUCAUUUAUUAGAACACAGAAGCUUAUCCAGAAUCCAGAAAAUAAGUAG